AUGGCGACUGACGUGGAUACAAGUGAAGAUAAAAUGGUAGAGGUUGAAAAUAAGAUCAACAUGCUCAUGAAGGUCGUUGAAGAAAGGGACUAUGAGAUUGCAUCUCUCAAUAAUCACAUUGAGGGUCGUAAUGCUGCUAAAUCAAGUCACACACAUAUUGUAAAGAACAUUGACAAAGGGAAGGCGAUGAUACCUUGGACUGUACCUUCCUCAGGUGUCAAAUGUGAUGUUGUACCUGGUCGUUUAAAUCAGAUCUCCAUUUUGGUACAACGAGAAGAAGUUUACUAUGGUCAGUGCAGUGAGAUUUGUGGAACUAAUCAUGCCUUUACGCCUAUCGUCGUAGAAGCAGUUCCUAGAAAAGAUUAUGGUUCUCAGGUUUCCAAUCAAUUAAUCUCUGGGUUCAAAGCCAAGGUUCAAAGAAUAUUGACGGUAGGCUUUUCACCGGAACCUAGAAAAGGAUGA